AAAUGUCAACUGUCAGUGUUUUUUAAUCAAUUUCUAAUCUGAUUUUGUACUUUAUUUGUAGACUUGUAAUUUCUAUUAAAUGUUCUUUUGCUGACAGAGGCAACAGUUAUUAACUUCAAUUUGUCAAACUUAUCAUUGGGGCACGUCGCUCGAUAAAAUCAUUGUUAAUGACUGACAUAACGUUCAAGAUCAAUUAGACAUGAUAUAAAAGUGGUUCAAAGUCAAAUAUCUUGAGGAGUAUAGUGAGGAAUUCGGUCAGAGAAAGUUUGGGCGCGUAACUUAUUAGACAUGAAUUCGAAUAAGAUUCUUCGGUUCGUUGGCAAGACCAGGAAAAUUUAUGGAAACUAUGAAGCACUAACAAGGACAGCCCAAAGAAUACCAUCAAGAAGUAUGGCGAAUGUUUCUCUACCGGAAAUAGCAAAAGAAAAGGAAACAUUUCAAGACGCUUGGCCGUGUAUCAUCGACUCGUUAGUGACUAACCCUAAGUUUGCUCAGUUACCGGAACUUGCCAGUUGGGUUAAGAAGGUCUUAGAAUACAACUUAAAAGGGGGCAAGAAAAUUAGAGGUGUCACAACAGUUCUUGCACACGAGCUAUUAGAGAAGCCAGAAAAUGUUACAGACGAGACGAUGAGACUGGCGCGCAUCGCUGGAUGGUGUUUAGAAAUGUUACAAUCAUACAUGACGAUGAAUGAUGACAUAAUGGACGGGUCGUCGACGCGCCGCGGCAUGCCGUGCUGGUACCGGGUACCGGACGUCGGUCUCGGCGCCAUCAACGACGCCAUACUAGUAAACUGUUCCAUUUUUGAAGUUUUGAAAAUGCACUUCGGCAACACUAUUUAUUAUCCGGAAAUUGUAGAGAUAUUUAAUGAGGCAUUAUUAUACACAUCAAUGGGACAGCGGUUAGACUUCAUGAUGGCCCACAACAGCAUGAAAGACUACAGUCUGUUCACGAUAGAACGAUACGAUUCUAUCGUAAAGUACAAGACGUCGUACUACACUUUCAAACUGCCGAUAUCGUUAGGGCUGAUGCUAAGGAAAAAUGGAAACAAAGCUCAUCACAAGGAUAUAGAAAACAUUUGCUUUGGUAUUGGCAAGCUGUUUCAAAUGCAGGAUGACUACAUAGAUUGUUUCGGCGAUGAGUCAGUGACCGGUAAAGCCGGCACGGACAUACAAGAAGGCAAAUGUUCCUGGUUAGCUGUACACGCGUUACAGCGAUGCAAUAACGAACAAAGAGCUAUCUUCAUACAAAACUAUGGCGCCAAAGAACCGGAAAAAGUGGAACGAAUAAAACAGCUCUACCAACAAUUGCAAAUACCAGAAGUGUACAGGAAAGAAGAGAAUGAUAUUUAUAACAGUAUAUUGGAAGAGAUACAUGCGUUACCCUCAGAAAUACCCCCGGCCAUCUUUUACAAAGUAUUAGAUGUUAUUUAUAAAAGAACUUUUUAGUUCAUAAUAAAUUCCGUUUUGUUAUGUAUCAGUCAAUAAAUCUUUAUUUAGUCUACAGAAAGCGAUACGUUGAAUUUAGUUGUUAUAUUAAAGUAUUUUAAUGUUAAUUUUCUAUUAUCUUAUAUAUAUUCAUAAUCACGGUUGACGCUCGAAUUAAAAAAAAAACAAUCUUUAUCGAUAUCUGUAACGACAGUUUUCAAUAAACGAUCCCAAUUUUAAUCUUCAAUUUGAUCCUGAGAAUAACCAAUCAAAUAUCUGUAUCCAAAAAAGAAACGUCCUGAUUGGUCCAUAUUUCGCGAUGAAUAAAAAAACAAUAUCGUUUAUUGAAAAAGGCGUUAAAUGGAUUACCAAAAUAAGUUACUUGUGAGUGCUGCGACGAAACUGUAUUCUAAUUGGUCAAUUUUUUCGAUCGACACUUAUAUAUGGUUCAAUAAUUUGAAUCGAAAUUAUGCGAAGAUAAUUUAAUAUAAAGUUGAAGAGAAGACGACGCUGAGUUGUAAGUUGGUCUUAUUAGUUUUAAAUUAUAUAAAUUAUUUUUUAUUAUAAUAUUGGGAUAUGCAUUCGUCAGAAAUGUCCAUAUAGCAUAUGAUAUGUAAUAAGUUUAUACUAGUUAUUUGUAAAGGUCACAAAUUCCUGUUUUGUUACAAGAUGAAUUUAUUACCAAUAUUUAUAUUGGCAAUGAGGAUCUUCAUUUUUAAGCGACUUUAUAAUUAAAGAUGUCUUCCAUUACUGCAGACUUCAAAGCAUAUUACUAUAAUAUUAACUGCAAUUGUACAACACUUUUUAUACUUUCUGUUUCAUUCUCCGCUUACGAAAUAUCUUAUUUUUUAAAUACUAAGUAGCAUUUUAUUAUUUCAGGUGUUGAGAUGUAAAACAAGUAUUUACUAUGAUUAACUUCUAUCUCUAAAUCUCUAUUUUCCCACCUUUUUAGUAAUAUUUCUACCUUAUUGGUAAGUCGUGCUACCAACUAUAUUAUAAUAAUUUUCGUAUCUUUUUGCGGGACAUCACCGUACGAAGGCCGGUCUGUUUAGAAGGCUUGUAAGUUAUUUAUUAUUUCGUGUAUAAUAUAUUUAUAAAGGAUGUAGGUUAACCUAAGAUAGCCUUGACCACGUUAGAAAAAUUAAUAAUAAAGAAAGCAAUAAUAGCAAAGAAAGAACUAGAAGCUUGUGAGACACAUUUCAGUAUAUCAGAAAAAAAUAUGACGAAUUCAUUGUGUUAAAUGUGAAUAUCACAUUGUACUAUCGGGUUUGCUAUUAUUUUAGUUUUUAAUGUUUUUAAUGAACUACUUAAACAUUAUUUACAAGUUACCUUUUAUUUAAUACUGAUGUUUGUAGAUUUGUGUAAGAUGUAUAAAAUAUUAUUUUAUUACUUUUUAUUAUUUUAUCAACAAAUUGAUAAAUAACUUAUACAAUGUUAUAAAGUAUUAAUUUAGCAUUUCAAUUUCGCAAUUGAAUGAAGUAAAAUGCACUUCACAUUCAUAUUUUUUGGUACAAAGGCAUUUAUAAAUCGCUACAGACUAACUACAUAAACAAUAUUGAAUGGCAACUAUAACUUUGUAAUAAAGCAUAAAUAUGUACUCCCCACGCUGCAAAUUUACUAAUAUAGCGCUGCUUUACAGCCUAUUUCAAUAAACCAUCCUAAGUAGCUAUCUUCGGAUUGACAGUGAAAAUUAACCAAUAAGAAUGAGUUCGUUUAACAAUUCGUAAUUACUUUUUUUAUUAGUUAAUUCUUACUAUUAAUCCGGAGUUUGUGAUUGAAAUCGUUCACUGAAAUUGGCCGUAAGCGCAUCAGAUAUGUGAUUAAACAUUGCAGUACUGACGAAACCUUUUGUUUAUUAAAAUUAAGUCAAAAAAUGCGAUAAUCCCGUAAAUAAAAUCUGGAAUGACUUUCGCAGAAGUAUUAUAAUUCUUCGAUGUUAGCUUAUUAAAAAAUACAAUUUAUUACUAUAAUUUUUUGUUGUUAGAAUUGCUCAGUCGUUGAGCCUUUGUUUACCAUUGAGAGAAAAUUGCAUUUCGUGGUUCUGAAUGAUGUAUCAAGUAUAUUUUGGACAAUAAAGGUAUUUGGAUAUUUUUUUA